UGCAUGGAGGGCGCGAUGAUGGCUGGCAGCGGCCAGAAUCGAAGUUCAGCUGGAGCGACACGCCUUCGGACUCCGGCUCGGAGCACCCGCUCGCUGCCGGCCUGCAGGCAGCCGAGGCCGCGCCCGCCGCGCCUGCCGCCGACCGCCGCCAGGCCGCCGAAGCGCCGGAGCCCGAGGCGGCAAAGCCGCGCGCUGCGGGGUGGGCCGCCGGCGGGCGCGGCGCCGUCAUCGGCAGAAUCGGCGGCCUGCUGGUGUAUGCCGAGGCGGAGGCGAGGAGCAUCUGCGAGCCGGUCAGGGUGUGGGUCGUCGAGGUCUCCGCAGAGGUGCGCGGCGCCAUCGAGGCGCGCGCGGGUCCCGUGGUCCAGAGGUUGCAGGCGGCGGGGCAGCCCGUGGUCGUGUACAUGGCGCCGAUCUGCGCGAAGGUCACGGACGGCGUCCUGAGCGUUCGGACGCUGGCGGGGGGCAGGGCGGUUGCCCUGAAGUCCCGGGCCAUGCGGCUGACGGGCGACUGCGCCGACCAGGCCCUCGCCGCCUACGGGGCGGCUUGCCGCUUCGCGGAUGUCAGGUGCAGGGCGGCGCGUGGGCUCGUGGAGGUCCGGGUCGGAUCGAUCAAGGCCAGGGGUCUGGAGCUCUACAGGGCGGGCGAGGCGAUCGCACUGCCCUAUUACGCGAAGGCGAGGGGCACCACGGCCAUGUACUGCCAGAGAGCUAGGGACGGGGCUCAUUAUGUAGAGGCAAGGGUUGGCGACAUCGUCCUCAGGAUAAAGGUGGGGGCGGGAGAUAUAGCCAAGCUGAUUCAGAGCGCCGUGCUGUCCAGAUGCUUGGCGGUCUCGGACUUCGUUGGCGGCUAUACUGGGCCUGUGACAGCCAAGCUGGCGGCUAUGUACCAGGCUGUCAUCUCUUCCGUCUCCAGCCACUUGUCGCCAAUCGUCACCAAGGCUUCGGAGUACAAGACCAUCGUUUACACCAAGGCGUGCGGCAUCGCCUUGGUGGUGAAGGUCAAGACACUCGCGGUCAAGGAUAAAGCCAUACAUUGCAAGGACAGGGUCAUGCAGUACCCGAGCGCACUUCUCGUGCAGUUCAAGGACGGCUACGUGUACAUGAAGAAAGUCGUCGACGGGAAGGUUGUCGUCAUCAAGGCCAGGCUCUCCGAUGUCCUGGCGACUCUGAACUCGGCGUUCCUCCGGGUCAAGGAGCAGUCCAAGCUCAAGGCCGCCACCGCUCUCGACGCGGCACACGUGAACUAUCUUGCGCUGCGGGCCGGGACCAAGCGUAUCGCCAAAGACCCCAACGCUCGCGUCACUGCAGCGUCUGCCGUGGGCGGUGCCGCAGUCAUGGGCGCAAGCGGUGGUGCCGCUGGGCUGGUCGCCGGAGGCACCCUCGGCGCGGCCUGCGGCGUGCCGUUCUCGCUGUUCACGUUCGGCCUCAGCAUCCCAGUGGGGGCUGCCGUCGGCAGCGCCGCGGGCCUGUGUGCUGGCGCUGUGACUGGGGGUACGGCAGGUCUUGUAGGAGGAGGCGCGGCUGGGUACAAGGUCCACCAGAAGAAGGACAGCAUCGCCGAGGGCUUCAGCGCUGCGGCGAGCAAGAUCAUCGACAUCAAGGGCAGGGCGGUGGAAACGGCGAGCUUGUGCAAGACGAAGGUGGUCGAUUCCACUGAGGCGUCAGCGUCCUAUGUCCGCAGCAGGUUCGCUGGCGGCACUGGCGGCACGGGCGAGGACAAGUGA